GCUUGUGGUCGCGCGAGGUUUUACAACACACUACGAAAAGAAAGGAUGCUGUUAUUUUACUACUGAGGUUUUGCGUAAGUUGGGCUACACAUGUUUGGCUAUUCUGGCAGCUGGCUUGUGUUUCAUGGUGAGCGGGACGGGGCUGACGCGGGGACCCUUCUGUUUACACAACAGCACUGACGGCUUAAAGUGGGGACGGCCAUUAAAACAAGACAAAACUGGAGAGCAGCUUUACAUCUAUGCUCCGGAGCGGUGGCCGUCUGCCUGUGUGGAGCCUCGGCAUGUUGUGAUCUGGAAUAUGGCCCUUUUCUCUGUCCUCAUGGCAGCGAGUGGCCUGCAGCUCAUUUUCUGCAUUCUUCAUCUACUCACCGCCUUACUGGAGUUCAUGUGCAGACCCAGCUUCUGCAAGAAUAAGGUUGUUGCUGUUUGAAAUGACUAGAGGUUCUAGUUAAUUCCUCUCCGUGUGAGAAUGAGAAGGACAUUUUUGGGUCAGCUAUGACUGCAUAACUUAUUUUAAACAGAAAGAGAGAAUAGAAAUGGGAAGUGGAUCGGGGAAGCCAGUUUUCACAUCUCUGAAGUUUUUACUGCACUGUCAUCUCACACGUCCAGUCUUAAGAGUGAUUUUAGUGACGGUAAACUUUGAAGCCCAGAAACACUUGAACAGAUAAAAUGCCUUGAAUAAUCCGUUUCAAAUAGUCUGUAUUGUAAUAUAUAUUCAGAAUGCACUUUAAUAUUUAUGCAAUGUAUAGUAAUGUAAUUUCAUGUGUGUGUAUGUGUUGAUACUGAAAUGCUUAGUGUUAGAAGAUGUUAUUUUUAUUGUUCGAUUUCUACGAGAUUAAAAACUAAUUGUAUGA